AAAUACCCCCUUCAAAUACUCAUUCAUUUCCAUCCUGCACAGGAAAAAACAUUGAAUUGUGAUUGUGAAUUAGAAUAAGUAGAAGUAUGGAUACUUUCCCAGUGGUUAACAUGGAGAUGCUUAACACUGAAAAAAGGGCUGUAACAUUGGAGAAAAUAAAGGAUGCUUGUGAGAAUUGGGGCUUUUUUGAGGUGGUAAAUCAUGGGAUCUCUCAUGAGCUUCUAGACACUGUUGAGAGGUUUACAAAGGAGCAUUACAAGAAAUGUAUGGAACAAAGGUUCAAAGAAAUGGUAGCAAGCAAAGGCCUUGAAGCUGUUCAAACUGAAAUUAAAGAUUUGGACUGGGAAAGUACCUUCUUCUUGAAACAUCUUCCUGUUUCAAACAUCUCAGAAGUUCCUGAUCUUGAAGAUGAUUACAGGAAAAUCAUGAAGGAGUUUGCAGAUAAACUGGAGAAACUAGCAGAGCACUUGUUGGACUUGCUCUGUGAAAACCUAGGACUAGAGCAAGGUUACUUGAAGAAAGCCUUUUAUGGUUCAAAGGGUCCUACUUUUGGCACCAAAGUUAGCAACUACCCACCAUGUCCAAAACCUGAUCUGAUUAAAGGCCUGAGGGCUCACACAGAUGCUGGUGGCAUUAUCCUUCUAUUCCAAGAUGACAAAGUCAGUGGUCUACAGCUACUGAAAGAUGGCAAAUGGAUUGAUGUUCCACCAAUGCGCCACUCCAUUGUCAUCAACCUUGGUGACCAACUUGAGGUGAUUACCAAUGGAAAGUACAAGAGUGUGGAGCACCGGGUGAUUGCUCAGACUGAUGGAAACAGAAUGUCUUUAGCUUCUUUCUACAACCCGGGAAGUGAUGCUGUCAUUUAUCCCGCACCAGAAUUGUUGGAGAAGGAAGAAAAAGAGAAUACAGUCACAUAUCCCAAAUUUGUUUUUGAGGACUAUAUGAAAUUAUAUGCAGGUCUCAAAUUCCAAGCUAAAGAGCCAAGGUUUGAAGCAAUGAAGGCUGUGGAAACUUCUGUCAACUUGGGCCCAAUAGCAACUGCUUGAGAAAGUGUUAACUUUGAUGGAGUAUUAAUACAACACUAAUUAAUGGCAGUGGGAAGAAAGAUUGUCUAGUACUAAGAUAAUGAUGUUGUAAUAAUUGUUAAUGUUGGUUAGUGGGGUGCUUUUUCUUGUUUUGUGCAACUUGGGUUUUCUUUAUGUACUGUUUCUGGUAGUGUGAUGUCUUAAGAGGAGUUCAUUAUAAAGUUUUUAGAUUUCCAAUGAAAUAUUUGAUUCCCAGCAAA